CCUUAAUCUCCCCCUCUUCUAGACACUACGUUGUCCACAGGCUGGCAAUCUUGAAGCAUGGGUGACUGGAGCUUUCUUGGGCGUCUGCUGGAGAACGCCCAGGAGCACUCCACGGUGAUCGGCAAGGUGUGGCUGACAGUCCUGUUUAUCUUCCGGAUCCUGGUGCUGGGCGCCGCCGCCGAGGACGUGUGGGGAGACGAGCAGUCAGACUUCACCUGCAACACACAGCAGCCCGGGUGCGAGAACGUAUGCUACGACCAGGCCUUCCCCAUCUCGCACAUCCGCUUCUGGGUCCUGCAGAUCAUCUUCGUGUCUACGCCCACACUUAUCUAUCUGGGACACGUGUUGCACAUUGUACGGAUGGAGGAGAAGCGCAAGGAGAAGGAGGAGGAACAGCACAAAGCCAACAGAUUCCAAGCAGAGGAGGAAAAGGAGCUGCUGUUUAGGAGCGGCGGUGGCAGUGAUGGAGACCGGGGCGCCAGCAAAAGGGUGAAGCCCCCCAUCCGGGACGAGCACGGAAAAGUCCGCAUCCGGGGGGCUUUACUGCGCACCUACGUCUUCAACAUUAUCUUCAAGACCCUCUUCGAGGUGGGCUUUAUCCUGGGUCAGUACCUCCUGUACGGGUUCCAGCUGCAGCCCCUGUACAAGUGCGCCAGAUGGCCCUGCCCCAACACGGUGGACUGCUUCAUCUCACGGCCCACCGAGAAGACCAUCUUCAUUAUCUUCAUGCUGGUGGUGGCCUGUGUAUCGCUUUUCCUCAACCUACUGGAAGUCUACCACCUUGGUUGGAAGAAGCUCAAGCAGGGCAUGACCAACGGAGCUAUGUUGGAGCAGCAGUCGGUGCGCCGCCCCACAGGUUCUAAUGCCCCCGAGCCGCAGUGCUCGACCCCCAGGACCGGAGGCGGCUACCCUAGCAAGUACACGGACGUGACAGCCGGGAGUGGGGCCUUCCUGCCCCGGGCAGAGUUUAAGAUGGACAACAUGCAGCAGGAGGAGGACCUCCGGCAGCAUGGGCCGGCCGCCCACUACUACAUCAGCAACAAUAACAACCACCGACUGGCCGCUCAGCAGAACUGGGCCAACCUGGCCACCGAGCAGCAAACUCAAGAGAUGAAGGCCACCUCCCCUAGUCCCUCUUCCUCCUCCUCCUCCUCAAACCAGUUGCCCAUGGCGGACUCCGCCCCUGGUGGCACUCCCAUUACCCUGGGGACCAGUCAGAGUACCUGCAGCAGCCGGGGCUCCAAGGUCAACGAGUUAGGUGAUAGCUGCUUGACCACCACCACGGUAGAGAUCUUCAAGCCCCGUCUGACCGUCGCCUUGGACCCUCGGCGGCUGAGUCGGGCCAGCAAGAGCAGCAGCGUUAGGGCCAGACCCGAUGACUUGGCGGUAUGA